AGACUCGCUCUCUCCUCUUCAAUUUUCUCAUAUAUAUGCCCAAACGUUUCACCAUUUUUUUUGAAUUUAAAUUAUAUAGAAUUAGUUCUUUCAGAAGGAGAUAAUUCAAUACUUAUUUGCUAAUCAAGCGAGAGAAGAGGAGAAAAAACACUAAUAUUUUUUCUCCAUUUUCUUCUUGCUUGAAAAUUUCUGGUUUUUAGGGUUUAUAAAAUGGUAACGGUGGAGAAGAUCUGCAACGUCAUUCAUGAUCUGAAGCCGGUGUUGCUGAUGCUGACUGUUCAGACGACGUUUGCCGGAGUUAAUGUUCUUUACAAACUGGCGGCUAAUGAUGGCAUGAAUCUUCCUAUUCUUGUCGCUUAUCGAUUUAUCUUCUCCACUGCAUUCAUUGUUCCACUUGCACUUUUGGUUGAAAGGAACAAAAGGCCAAAAUUGACAUGGAUGAUACUCUUGCAAGCCUCUUGUUGUGGUCUAUUUGGUGGCUCGCUGGCACAAAAUUUCUACAUAAAAGCGUUAUCUUUGACAUCAGCCACAUUCGCAGCGGCUACCACCAAUCUUAUUCCCGCCAUUACCUUCGUGCUGGCGGUUUGUUUUAGGAUGGAAAGGUUGGGUUGGAAGAGUAGCCCUGGUGCAGCAAAAGUCAUAGGGACUGUAUUAGGGGUUGGUGGGGCCAUGUUGUUGACUUUUUAUAAGGGCAUUGACCUUCACCUAUGGAAGACCAACGUUGACCUUUUGCAUGGUAAACAACAUGGACCAGGUGGUCAACAUUCAAGUCAUGAUAGGGUUUUGGGCUCUUUAUUGGCCAUGGGUAGUUGCAUCAGUUAUUCCAUCUGGUUAAUCAUUCAGACAAAUUUGGUCAAAAAAUAUCCUUGUCCUUAUUCAGUCACAGCCCUCACAUCGUCAUUAGGUGCUGUACAAGCAGUCGGGUUUGGGUUAUGCACCGAAAGACAUUGGGGUGAUUGGAAGCUUGGUUGGAACAUUAGACUUCUAACAGUGGCUUAUACGGGUAUGUUGGCGUCUGGUUUAAUGUUUACAUUUAUUGCAUGUUGUGUGCAAAUGAGAGGUCCGUUAUUUGUAUCGGCUUUUAAUCCUUUAAUGCUUCUACUUGUGGCUAUCGCUGGAUCUUUAGUCUUGAAUGAGAGCCUACACUUGGGAAGUGUCUUGGGUGCGAUAUUGAUAAUCGUUGGACUCUAUGCUGUAUUGUGGGGUAAAGGUAAAGAGGUGAAGAAGGUGGCUCAACUGUGUCCAGUAAGAGAAUCUAGCGUAGGAAGUUAUAAUGGUGCCAUUAAUGGUGAAUCACAAGGCUCAAGCUUUGAGGUUAUUUGUGAUAGUGAUUCAAAACACUCAAGUCUCCGAAGUGGCAAUAGUGAAUCUAGACGUAUUGAGGUUGUUGUGACUUCCUCAGGUUGACAAAGUUCUUAUAGAAACGAGUGAUCAGGUUGUUGUAUCAUAAAGACGAGGGAUAUGGCCAUGGGAGCUUUAAGAUUUUUUUUUUUUUUUUUUAAAUGAUGAUAAAAACAAAUAGAAAAAAAUUAGAUCAGGGUUUAGCAUUGAAUGUAGGGUAGGUGCUAAAACUCAGAGUUGUUCAUCUGUUGUUGUUUUAGAAGGAUUUACUUAUUUAUUGUUAUAUAUUCCCAUUCAUUUGGUUUAUAUAU